UGCAAAAACAUUUUAAAAUCAAAUAUAAAAAAAGAAAAAGAUUGCGGAACAGUGAAAGGGGUGUAUUAAGGUGUGGUGUUCUCACUGAGACUGAUGAUAGGAAUAAUGGGACUGAGUGCGAUUUCGGAUUGAAGAAGAAGCCAUUGCUUGUUAAAGUUUCAACAUUUUUUUGCUGUUUUUGGUCCUAUAAUUUUAGCGGGAAACUUGUUCUAACGACCCUUUCAACGAAAAAGACUUUAAGCUCUCAAAUGCCUACAAUAUCAAUUUAACUUGUACAAACGCCUCCUCUAUUAUCAGUUGAGGAAGUAUGGACUUCCCGUCCACCCAGUUUGUGCCUUCCAGAACCAUGGGUACCUAUGAACCUAUCCACCAGAUUGGGAUGUGGGGAGAAAAUUUAAAGGGUAUUGGCAGUCCAAAUAUAUCUCCAUCAGUGAUUGUCGAUGUGGCUAAUAAACUAGAAAACGAGUCAGAGACUACUUCACAUGAAUUGCUGGCACCUUCUAGCAAGUAUGACCAAGAAGCAAGUAAACCUUUUGAUAAGAUACAAAGACGUCUUGCGCAAAACCGUGAGGCCGCUCGUAAAAGUCGUUUGCGGAAAAAGGCAUAUGUUCAACAAUUAGAAAAUAGUCGCUUAAAGUUGAUUCAAUUGGAGCAAGAGCUUCAACGAGCAAGGCAACAGCAGGGUCUUUCUGCUGGUGGUGCAAUAGAAGUUGGUCAUCUUGGAAUUUCUGGUGCAGUAAACUCAGGGAUUGCUGCAUUCGAGAUGGGAUACGAACGUUGGAUGGAAGAACAAAAUAAACAAAUAUGUGACCUCAGAAUUGCUUUGGAUGCCCAGAUAAGUGAUAUAGAGCUUCACAUACUUGUGGAAAGCGGCAUGAGCCACUAUUUGGAACUGUUCCGCAUGAAAUCAAGCGUUGCGAAGGCUGAUGUUUUCUAUGUGAUGUCUGGUACGUGGAAAACAACAGCAGAGCGAUUUUUCUCAUGGAUUGGAGGGUUUCGGCCUUCUGAACUUCUUAAGGUGCUAGUGCCUCAAAUAGACCCCUUGACAGACCACCAAAUUUUGGAAGUUUGUAAUUUGAAACAAUCAUGUCAGCAAGCUGAAGACGCCCUUUCGCAAGGCAUGGAGAAACUCCAGGAAACUGUGUCUGCAACUUUAGCAUCGGGUCAAAUGGGUCAAGGUACUUACCUUCCUCAGGUGGCUAUGGCAAUGGAGAAGUUAGAAGCUCUUGUCAACUUUGUGAACCAGGCCGACCACCUACGUAAAGAAACACUACAGCAGAUGUCUUCCAUCCUAACUACUCGACAAGCAGCUAGAGGCUUACUUGCUUUGGGAGAAUACAUCCAACGUCUUCAAGCUUUGAGUACAGUUUGGGCUAAUCGUUCUCAUGAACCGGCCUAGCCUUACGGUAGAAAACAUUAGAUGAUCACUGCAAGAACUGUUCUUCUGGCAAACAGAGACGGCGUUUGGUAAAUGCCAUUAUAAAGAUAAGUAACAUCAAUUUAUGCAGCCCACAAUUUUUUUGAAGCAGUUUAUGUUAAUUUUACAUGGGUAAGAUUGAGAUCAAAACGAUUUUUAGUAUGCUAUGUUGUACAUUACAUAUAAUCUUGAAGGUGUGUAUAUACAUACAGAUAUAUAUAUAUAUAUAUAUAGGUUCAACAUUUGAGU